UUCGGUGGAUCAGAACGCACUAAAGAUGUGUAGAAUCGCCAUCUUAUUCAUCGUAGCGUUCUCAGGUCACUUGCUUUUGAAUGCAGCUCCAGCGGGUGAAGGGGAAAAAAUUGAGAAAGGCGAAAUUACGACACAGUCAACUGGACACGUGACCCAGGAACCUGAAAUCGCUCAUGGGUGUCCAAAUGCCCCCCGUCUGCAAGCCGGAGUCGGAGAAUGCAGCUACUACUGCAAAUAUGUGGAGAAAAAUAAUACUUGGCUAUAUGGAUAUUAUCCGGACGGCUUAUACUGCUGGGCGGACGAUGACGGUGAAGAUAAGCAGCGAUUGUUGGGACUAUGCUGGCAUGGAGUUUGCUACCCUCUUGAUCACGAUAACGUCACGCAUCUUUCUACACCGGCCGACGACAUAAUCUCGGAACAGAGCUAACAAGUUUUCGGCAUAAAAAUAAAU